AAGCUCUAUGUGGCUGUUUGGAUUCUAGAUGAAGAAAGAGGAUAUCUUGUCAAGGUUUCUGGUGCAGAAGACGAAGGACCCGAAGAAUUUGAAUGAUCAGUACCUUAGAGACAUAAUAUUGAACUUCAUAAUUGCCGGGAGAGACACGACGGCGGUCACUCUUUCUUGGUUCUUCUACAUGCUUUGCAAGCAUCCAUCUCUGCAAGAAAAGCUUGCUCAAGAAAUAAAGGAAGCAACCAAAACAAAUGACAGCAUAUCGAUUGCAGAUUUUCCCUCCAGUUGACUGACGAGGCACUUGACAAGAUGCAGUAUCUCCAUGCAGCUCUGACUGAGACACUGAGGAUAUAUCCUGCUGUCCCUGAGGACCCAAAGAUUUGUUUCUCUGAUGACACUCUGCCGGGUGGAUUCGAUGUAAAGAAAGGGGACAUGGUAUGCUUUCUACCUUAUUCGAUGGGGAGAAUGAAAGUCCUGUUGGGAGUGGAUGCAGAAGUUUUCCGUCCGGAGAGAUGGCUCGAUGAAAAUGGGGUUUCCGACCUGAGAAACCCUUCAAGUUCACUGCCUUUCAGGCUUGCUCAAGCUUGAAUUAGAAGUACACAAGCUGGACUUAAUCCUAGGUAUUUAGGCUCCAAAUGUUUUCAAUUU